AUGGUAGAAAUAAUGAACACGACCAAGUCACUAGUCAUAACAGGACACUCGGUUGGAGGAGCAAUUGCUUCCCUCUUAGCUCUUUGGCUUCUCUCCCACCUGCAAACUGUUUGUUCAGUAAUUUGCAUUACCUUUGGCUCUCCAAUGCUUGGCAAUGAGUCCUUUUCCCAAGCCAUUCUUCAAGAAAGAUGGGCUGGACAUUUUUGCCAUGUGGUUUCACAGCAUGAUAUAGUGCCAAGACUGCUCUUUGCCCCUUCUCCUACUCCACUCAUUCCACUGGCUUCAUCUUCAUGUUCUUUCCAGUUUAUUUUUCACUUAUCUGAGGAAAACAAGACUCUGCUAUUCCGCAUUGUGCUGGCUUCUCUUGAAGUUAUAUCGAAAGGUGAAUGUAAGAGUUCAUUUUGGCCCUUUGGGAGCUACUUGUUCUGCACCAACAUGGGUGCAGUUUGUGUCGAUAAUGGGAUGCUUAUCGUAAAGUUGCUUUACUUGACGUUACUGAAUGGUUCACCAAGUUCUAGCCUCGACGAUCAUCUUGGUUACGCGCAUUUUAUUCAGAAAGUUCAUUGGCAAUUUAUAGAGAGUAGAUGCUUCGUGGGAGGCAAUCUACCUGAGGCAAGCUAUGAAGCAGGGAUAACAUUGGCGCUGGAGUCAUUAGGAAUAGCUUCUCAUGAAUUGAAUUCAGAAGAUGCUAAGAAGGCCCUGAAAGAGGCAAAAAAGUCAGGUCGAACUCGCAACCAUAAUAGUGCCAACCUUGCAAUUGAUUUAUCCAAGAUCAAUCCACUAAGAGCACAGAUAGAGUGGUAUAAAGAAUCAUGUGAUAAAUCUAGUGAUCAAAUGGGAUAUUACGAUUCGUACAAGCAACGAGGUGCCUCGAAAAGGGACUUUAAGGUCAAUAUGAACAGGAUCAGACUUGCUAAGUUUUGGGAUUCUGUGAUUGACAAGUGGGAAAAGAAUCAACUGCCCUAUGAUUUUCAUAAGCGUGCAAAGUGGGUAAAUGCUUCUCAAUUCUACAAACUCCUCGUAGAGCCACUCGAUAUUGCAGAGUACUACAGGAGUGGGAUGCAUCGUGUGAAAGGCCACUAUAUGCAGCACGGUCGGGAGAGAAGGUACAAGAUUUUCGAUACGUGGUGGAAUGACGGAGAGGUUGAGAAUGGCACAGAUCAUACUACUGCUGCAAGGAGCAGAUUCGCGAGUUCGACACAAGAUUCAUGCUUUUGGGCUAAGGUUGAGGAGGCAAGAGACAAGCUGAUUAAAGUCAGAGCUGAGGCUGAUGCUAGAAAGUUUGUCAAGAUGUUGGAAGAUAUCACUAAGUUUGAUCAAUAUGCUAGGAGAUUGAUUGAAAAUAAGGAGGUUUCAAUAGAUGUUUUGGCCAAAAACUCAAGCUACACAUUGUUUAUAGAGGAAUGGAAGGAAUUCCAAUCUCAGUUACAGCUGGUGCAAGCUCACUUUCCUGGAAUUCCUGAGGGUGAAAUGGUUCCUUAGAUAAAUAUUGCUUGAAGUUUGUGGAUCCAGUUAGGGCAUCAGAUCCACCUUAUCUCUACAUAGUAGUAAUAAAGAAGCUCAACUGAAAUAUCUAUUCUAAGUCUUACCUCCAAUCUUAAUGUAAACACAUCAGUAUCAAAAGUGGGCCUGAAUUAUAUAAAGAGGAUCUAUCUUUGCAAGGAAAACAGAUAUGAAUUAUAACCAGAUGAUCUAUUUUAAGGAA